UUCUGAUCACAGGGGUUGCAAGUUGCACCACCUGUCGUCGUGAGCAUGGCCGCUUCGCCCUACGCAGGCUGCCCCACACUCCCCCAUCUCAGCAACGCAGCAGGCGCCUCGUGCAGCAGGUAUCCAGCUAGGCUCGAUCCCCCAUGCACCGCUCUGGUGGGCCUUCGCGCGGCCGCCUGUAGGCCGCAAUCUGAUAGGCGCAGGUGCAGCUUGGCUGCAGGCAGGGUCAGCUCGUGGGCCAGCACAUUGAGCGGACAGAAGCUGAGCUGGGGUGGCAGCAUGCAGGCCAACAAGCCGCGCAGCAACAGGGGGGCGCGGUGCCAGGGGGAUGAUGAUGGCUGCUACCCCGACCAGGACGGGCCGGGCAGCACGGUGUCCCUGUGCGGGGCAGACCUGGAUGACAUCCCGCACCUGCGCGACUGGGUGCCCGAUCUGCAGGAACACGAGAACCCUCUGAAGCAACACCCGGCAUACCGAACCCGCAACAACGAUUACUUCAUCAAUCCCGGCGAUGUGGUCACGCAGCAGGUGGUGGUCAACAUGGACCGCCCCCGUGAGCCCACACACUUUCGAAGGGCCGGCCCCCGUGAGAAGGUUGUGUUUGCUGGGGAGGAGGUGCGUGCCGCAAUUGUCACCUGCGGAGGGCUGUGCCCUGGGCUGAACACGGUGGUCCGCGAGCUGGUGUUCAGCCUGUGGCAGCAGUACCACGUGCACGACAUCCUGGGCAUCGACGGCGGCUACCGCGGCUUCUACGCCAAGAACACCAUCCAGCUGGACCCCAAGAAGGUGGGCGACAUCCACAAGCGGGGGGGGACCUUCCUGGGCACCUCCCGCGGGGGGCACGAGACCACCAAGAUCGUCAACUCCCUGGAGGACCGUGGCAUCAACCAGGUGUACAUCAUUGGUGGUGAUGGCACGCAGCGGGGGGCCCUGGCUAUUCACAAGGAGGUCGUGCGGCGGGGCCUCAAGGUGGCGGUUGCCGGCAUUCCCAAGACCAUCGACAACGACAUUGCGGUGAUCGACAAGUCGUUUGGGUUUGACACUGCGGUGGAGGAGGCGCAGCGCGCGAUCAACGCGGCGCACGUGGAGGCGGAGAGCGUGGAGAACGGGCUGGGCGUGGUGAAGCUGAUGGGCCGCUACUCGGGCUACAUCGCCAUGUACGCCACGCUCGCCAGCCGCGACGUCGACAUCUGCCUCAUCCCCGAGGUCCCCUUCACGCUCGAGGGCCCCGGCGGGCUGCACCGCUACGUCGAGCGGCGGCUGCGCGAGAACGGGCACAUGGUCAUCGUCAUCGCGGAGGGCGCGGGGCAGGAGCUGAUGGCCGCCGACACGACGGGGACCGACAUGUCCGGGAACAAGCUGCUCAAGGACGUCGGCCUCUGGCUCAGCCAGAACCUCAAGGACCAUUUCACACAGCAUACGAAGCAGGUGCUGAACCUCAAGUAUAUUGAUCCGACGUACAUGAUUCGCGCCAUCCCCAGCAACGCGUCCGACAACGUGUACUGCACCCUCCUGGCGCACAGCGCGGUGCACGGCCUCAUGGCCGGCUACACGGGCUACACCGUGGGGCCCGUCAACGGCCGCCACGCCUACAUCCCCAUCGAGCGCGUGAUUGCCAGCCAGAACCGCGUGAACGUGAACGACCGCAUGUGGGCGCGCCUCGUGUCGUCCACGCAGCAGCCCGAGUUCACCUUCUCUGAAGCCGGGGACGACUCCUCGGCCAAGCCCACUCCCGAGCCCGCGCCCGAGCCCUCCCACGAGCCCGCCCGACGGCCCCCAGUGCCCGUGGGGCGCACUACCAACAACGGCGCUGCCGACACGAACUCGGCUCUGGUGGCGAGCAUGGGGGGCGGCGGCGUGGGGGACGUGCCCCCCGCCACCACGGGCACUGUCAGUUUUGACAACGACUACGGCGCAGCCGCGCAAGAAACAGCGGCUGCGGCCAUGCUGGAAGGAGCACGCAAGGAUAAGUGACGGUCAGCGCACGAGUGCCCCCGGGCUGGUGCGGCCCUCUGGGGGUGGGGCGCAAAGACGAGGGCCGUGUCAGCGGUGGGCAGUCUGGUGGCGCUCGUGCUGGUCGCACUGGGACCCAGGAUCCUGCGGGCGCUCAAGCACUGGCUGCCGCGGUCCUGAUAGGAAAGAGGCGACCCAUAAGCAGCUAGCUUGUGGUUAGUAAGGGUCUUGCUUAUGACGACAGGCGCAUUGGGAUCUUGUGAGAGCGGGCAGUCCGCAUAUAAGCGUGCAUAGAUGUAACCAGUUUUGGAACCGCCCCUAAGGAAUCAUUAUGUCCAGGCUCUGUUGCCUUGAAGUCAGGUUAAACAUACGAAGCCCCACUAAGUGGCCUAAGCUGUGUACAUACGAGAAAGGUACGCAAGAUCGAGUCUUUUUGUACGGCUUCUUUGAUGAUAAACUUGUGUUUUGUUGAUAGUGAACACACCUGACGCGACAACAGUCCAGAGUUUCUAAACGUGAAAAGCAGGCUGGCUCACCGUCUCGAACGCUACUCAACCCGGCGAAUUUGUUGGGCUGUGUUUAUGCGGUUGCAUCUCAAAC